AUGUUAUCAGAUUCUGCCCUGGCCAAAGAGAGGAAAGAGCAAGCAUCAGCCAUUAUGGAUGAAAUACACAGAAAUGUCUCACCCACCCUGAACCUUGGGAAAAAGGUCAGCACGCCCAGGGAUAUCAUGGUGGAGGAGCUGUCGACGCUCAGCAACAGAGGGGCCAGGCUCUUCAAGCGCCGCCAGCGGAGAUCUGACAAAUACACAUAUGAAAAUUAUCAUUAUGUGGCAAACAAGCCAAGAAAUCGUGGAGAGCCCAUCCAGAGUGUCAGAAUGGACGGCCUCAGUGUGGAAGGAAUCCCCCAGCACGCCCCCAUGACACCUCCCAACACACCUGACCCCCGGAGCCCUCCACACCCUGACAACAUCGCCCCAGGAUAUUCUGGACCACUGAAAGAAAUUCCUCCUGAAAAGUUUAACACUACUGCUGUGCCAAAGUACUACCAGUCUCCCUGGAUAGAAGCCAUUAGGGAUGAUCCAGAACUGCUGGAAGCUUUAUAUCCUAAACUUUUUGCACCUGAAGCAAAGCCAGAACUGCCUGACUACAGGAGCUUUAACAGAGUUGCUACUCCCUUUGGUGGUUUUGAGAGAGCAUCAAAGCUGGUUAAAUUCAAGGUACCAGAUUAUAAUAUGCUGAUGCUAAACGAUCCCAGAUUCAUGAUCCUUGCAAACCCUCUUGCUGCCAGAAGAUCCUUCAACAGGACUCCCAAAGGAUGGACAUCCGAGAAUAUCCCAGUAGUGUUCAUUCAGCCUGCGGAAUCCAAUCCCGUUCCAGAAACAGAGGACCUGUGA